AUUCAACGGUUACGAUUUACGGAUUAAACCAAGUGUCGGUCUACUAUCAUCUAUAGCUUUGGGGAUUGCAAAAGAAGCGCCAACGAAUUUGGAUCGAAUUCGGGAGGCUCAAAGUAUUCUUUUUUGAUUUCCAUUUUUAUUAAAACGUGAGAGAGAGAGAGAAAGAGAGACUGAAACGCUUAUCAAGAUCGGACAAACCCUAAUCCCCCAAAUUUGGAUUAGAAAUUAGUGUUUAGCGCUAAGAUCUCAUUUAUCUGGAUUUGGUGACCAUGGAUAGACUUAGUAGUCCAGCACGUCUUAUGAUAGUUUCGGAUCUUGAUCAUACAAUGGUUGAUCACCAUGACAAGGAAAAUAUCUCAUUACUUAGGUUCAAUGCGUUGUGGGAAGCAAAUUACCGUCACGAUUCGUUGCUAGUUUUUUCUACUGGACGUUCACCUACACUCUAUAAGGAACUGAGAAAAGAGAAACCUAUGUUAAAUCCAGAUAUAACGAUAAUGUCUGUUGGAACAGAAAUAACAUAUGGUGAUGCAAUGGUGCCAGACAAUGGUUGGGAACAGUUUCUGAAUCAAAAGUGGGAUAAAGAUGUUGUUAGAGAAGAAACAUCCAAGUUCCCUGAACUAAAAUUACAGGCAGAGACUGAGCAGCGGGCACACAAGGUUAGCUUUUAUGUCGAUAAGGCUAAGGCUCAGGACGUGACGAAGGCACUCUCAGAACGUCUUGCAAAACGCGGGCUAGACGUCAAAAUAAUUUAUAGUGGAGGUGUGGAUCUGGAUAUUCUACCACAAGGUGCUGGGAAAGGACAGGCUCUUGCAUAUUUGCUUAAGAAAUUAACAAGUGAAGGAAAAAAACCAACUAAUACUCUUGCUUGUGGUGAUUCUGGCAAUGAUGCUGAACUCUUUACUAUUCCAGAAAUAUAUGGUUGCAUGGUCAGUAACGCCCAGGAGGAACUUUUACAGUGGCAUGCAGAAAAUGCGAAAAACAACCCUAAUAUAAUCCAUGCAACUGAGAGGUGCGCAGCUGGAAUCAUUCAAACCAUUGGUCAUUUUAAGCUAGGUCCAAACAUAUCUCCAAGAGAUAUUACGGACUUCUCAAAUUGCAGUCUUGAGAAUGCCCAACCUGGUUUUGAGAUAGUGAAGUUCUAUUUGUUCUAUGAGCGAUGGAGGCGUGCAGAAAUUGUUAACUUUGAGCAGGACAUUCAGAACUUGGAAGAUAUUUUGCACCCAUCUGGAGUCUUAGUUCAUCCUUCUGGAGUGAUACGUUCUCUCUAUGACUGUCUAAGUGAGUUGAGAAAUUGUUAUGGAGACAAAAAAGGAAAACAGUUCCGGGUUUUUGUAGAUCGAGUUUCCUCUGCUCAAGUUGGUCAUGGCUCGUGGUUAGUGAAGUUCUACAAGUGUGAAAUCUCUGAUGAAGGACAAACAAGUUCUAUUGUCACUGUUUUGCUUAAUGCAAAGGAUGGUGAAAAAGAUGGGUAUAGUUGGGUUCACAUACAUCAAACAUGGUUGAAGGGAUGCAGUGCAGCUGAUGAAUCUUCCUGGUUGCUCUAGAUCAGUUGGUGCCAAGGAUCCAGUAAUCCUAUACUUCCCUUUUGCUUCAAUUGUACAAUAAAUGAACUUCAGGUGUUAAAUUUCUGAAUAAUCCAGUGGGUAACAUUCUAUGGUUUUAUUCAAUACAAAUAAUUGUUUCCUAUUUGCA